AGAAGUAUCGAGGUUUUCUUUCAAGUCAGGAAUGAAGGCAGGCCCGUGGAGCGGACUGUGGAGCGACUCUAUUACUCCUGCUAAACCUGUCCUAGGAUCUAGGGAGCGCUUCCUGCUAGUCUUACUGAAACUCGGGAGCUCUUUGCUGAGAUGGACCUUCACACACGUGCUUUUGGAUGUACUUCCAAGAGUGACUUGCCCAAAUCAUCCAGAUUCCAUUUUAGUAGAGGAUUACAGAGCUGGUGAUAUGAUUUGUUCUGAGUGUGGGCUAGUAGUAGGUGACCGGGUCAUAGACGUAGGGUCAGAGUGGAGAACUUUCAGCAAUGACAAAGCAACAAAAGAUCCAUCUCGAGUCGGGGAUACCCAGAAUCCUUUGUUGAGUGAUGGCGACUUGAGUACAAUGAUUGGCAAGGGCACAGGUGCAGCAAGUUUUGAUGAAUUUGGGAAUUCAAAGUACCAAAAUCGCAGAACUAUGAGCAGCUCUGAUCGUGCAAUGAUGAAUGCUUUUAAAGAAAUUACGAACAUGGCAGACAGAAUCAACCUCCCUAGAAAUAUAGUUGAUCGAACAAAUAAUUUAUUCAAGCAAGUGUAUGAGCAAAAGAGCCUGAAGGGAAGGAGUAAUGAUGCUAUUGCUUCUGCUUGUCUCUACAUAGCCUGUAGGCAAGAGGGUGUUCCAAGAACGUUUAAAGAAAUAUGUGCAGUGUCCAGGAUUUCAAAGAAGGAAAUAGGCCGGUGUUUUAAACUUAUUUUGAAAGCUCUCGAAACAAGUGUUGAUCUGAUUACAACUGGAGACUUCAUGUCAAGAUUCUGUUCCAAUCUGGGUCUUCCCAAACAAGUACAAAUGGCAGCAACACAUAUUGCCCGUAAAGCUGUGGAAUUAGAUUUGGUUCCUGGGAGAAGCCCUAUCUCUGUAGCAGCUGCAGCUAUUUACAUGGCAUCACAAGCUUCUGCAGAGAAGAGGACACAAAAAGAAAUUGGUGAUAUUGCUGGUGUGGCUGAUGUUACGAUUAGACAAUCGUACAGGCUGAUCUAUCCUCGAGCUCCAGAUCUCUUCCCAGCAGACUUCAAGUUUGAUACCCCAGUAGACAAACUACCACAGCUGUGAAAUUGCAGAGGGUUACUUUUAAUUUCUAUUAAAAAACAAACAAACAAAAACCAAAACCCAACCUAACAACAACAAACUUUUGGUUUUUGCCUAUAAUAAAGGAUGUACAAAGUGUUAAUAUUGAGUCUUCAUGUUGUGGAACUGGAGGAUAUGGAGAUGGAGCGUAACUGCUGGAAUGCAGCACACAUUCCAAGGGUAAACAAACUCAUUGUGUGGCAUUUUGUUAUGUAUAUAUUAGUGGAAGUAAAUAUUUAAUGAUUGUUGCAACAACCUUAAUUUCAUAUUGUUGAACUUACUUAGAUUUCUUUUGUAGGGAUCUAGUAAGAUGUAUUUUGGAAAAUCUAAAAUAUUAUGUAAUUCCCAAAUAAACUCUUUUCCAAAAACA